UCAAUCGCAGUUAAGAUUGGCUCAAAGAAUAUAGGUUAGGUCGAGAAAGUACGAAACCGGCCACUUUACUCGAAAUUUAUUAGUACUUAGUUGUCUGUACUCGUCUUCUUGUGUCGGGAUGUUUCGACCAUGUAUAUAUAUAUCUUUCGAAUAUCACACAAAUCAAGUCAGUUUGAAAAUACAAAGUCGAUUUUAGGAGGAAUACGAAGUUGUUGCACAUCGAAGCUCUACGGGAGUUUCGAAGCUGAUCACAGCUGAUCACGAGCCGAGCGUGGACAAGUUAUUAAAUUUAUGUUUACAUAUAGGCACACGUGUAUAUAUCUAUAUAAUAGAUUCUAUCUUGUAUUAUAUUUUAUAUUCAAUUUAACGUGAGUUAAAUAAAGAUCGAAAUUAAACGUGAAAGAUUAAAAGAGUGUAACUAACGAUAUAACAAUGGAAUCUGAACUAAAAAGUUACCAGCAGGUGCUUCUCAACAACGUAUUUGCACAGAAACUCGAACAGAAUGAAAGACAAACCAAGAUAAUAACAGACUAUAAAAAGAGGCACCAGAAAGUGAUAGAAGGACUUCAAGUCUAUCCGUUAUCUAUCUCUGAAAAUUGUAUGGUGCCUAUCGGCAAACGGGCGUUUAUGAAGGGAAAGCUAGUUCACACCAACGAAAUCUUGGCUUCCUUGGGAGACGGCUAUUUCGCCAAGUAUAGCGCAUCACAAGCAAUCGCGCUGUGCAACAGGAGAAUAACAUGGGCGGAUGAAAUACUGAAAAGUUUAGAAAUGGAGAGAAACUUGUAUGAGAUGAGACAGUAUCUUCCAUUGGAACAUGAUAUUUUUGGAGAAGAAGACAGAAAAGACAUCGUGGAACACUGGACUGAGAAUAAACUCGAUGAGUGGAGAGUACAACAUAGACAGCGUGAGAAGGAGUAUCACCAUAAACUAGCGCAAUUGAGGGAAAAAGAAAAGACUGACAUUCGUACUCAGGAAGAUUUUUUUAAGAGACUUGAUGAAUUAGAGAUAGAGGAAGAAUUGGAAGAUGAGAUUUGCAGAUUGGAAGCUGAGCAAAAAAAAAAUUCUGGCGAUUUUGAGUUUUUUGGUGACCUGGAAGAUAAUGAAGUUUACGAUGAAUCUGAAGAGGACGUAUCAGAUUCUAGUGAAACUGAUAAUUCGGAAGAAAUUCGAGAGGAAAUUCAAGAGGAAUUAAAAAAGCUGAAAGCUAUCCAGAUAAGCAAACGUACAACUGUGGACAUGUCAAAUGUCAUUUCUGACGCAGUGCUAAAUAAAGUUCUCGAUAAGAAUGCUGCAGAAGAUGAACAGACUGAUUUCACUGAAAAUCUUAUUUUAGAGAAAUUGAAGGAGAGUUGUUCACCCAAACCUGGAGAAGUGGCCAAAGACACAAAUACAAAGGAAAAAAGAAGGAUAUCGUUUGCAGAACCAUGUAUCAUAGAAGACAAGGGUAGUACAGAAGAAAUACAAAUAUCUCAGGAACCAUGUUCUACCUUGAAACGAGAUAACGCGUAUGACGAAAAUUCUGAAGAUGAAGACGAUAUCAUUAGAAUUGAAUUUUCACAUUCGUCUCAUAUUUUGAAUAUAUGUGAAUCAAAUAACAUGGAAAUACAGAGCCCACUAGAUAUUUAUAAAAUGAUUAACGUUCCCAAAUCUAUUUUAAAAAGAUCUCCAAAUGAUAUGAUUGUUGAUCAAGUUCCUCCUCCUUCACAUGAGGAUAGUAGUAGUACAGAUACAGAAGAUGAAUAUGUUAGGCACUCUGCAUAUAAUUCUGUGAUUAAAGAGAAAGUUCAAGAAAGCCAAACGUCAGCAAGUGAUAUUUCGACAAAGGAUGAAAAAAGAAUUGUGAGCAAGUUCAAACUUGAACGAGCUAAAAGAAAAAAGUGACCUAUAUAUAUGUACAUUGAAAAUAAAGAACUUAUUUUUUAUAAUACA